GGGAAAAGGCACCGGUGGGAGAAAGAGUGGAGGGGAUUCCUGCCCAUUCUUUUCCUUUUCCUCUCUAGCCCAGAAUCACUGCUGUUGCUGUGGCAGGGCAGAACCAGCUGGAGGCCAGUGUGUGAAUACUCUCAGGCGUAGGAAACUUGGCCGGCCACAGUGCUCUGGGCCGAUCUUUCCCCACUGCCCUAGUCCCGGCUAGCCCUCCUUGGCCUUCUUUGUUUAUGUGCUGGCUGGUUAGGGAGAGCAGGGGUGGGACGGGGCACGUGCUCCCAGACCGCCCAACUCACACCCUGAUUCCCAGCGGAUCCGAGGAAAACCUCACUACCCGCCAAGGUCACCACUGGACAUAUGAAGGCCCACAUGGCCAGGAGCAUUGGCCAACCUCUUACCCCGAGUGUGGAGGCAAUGCCCAGUCCCCCGUCGAUAUCCAGACAGACAGUGUGGUGUUUGAUCCUGACCUGCCUGCUGUACAGCCCCACGGAUAUGAGCAGCCUGGUACUGAGCCUUUGGAUCUACGCAACAAUGGCCAUACAGUGCAGCUCUCCCUGCCCCCAAGCCUGCACCUGGGUGGACUGCCCCGAAAGUUUACAGCAGCCCAGCUCCACCUGCACUGGGGUCAGAAAGGAUCCCAAGAGGGAUCAGAGCACCAGAUCGACGGCGAAGCCACGGCUGCAGAGCUCCAUGUGGUCCAUUAUGACUCGGAGUCCUAUGGCAGCUUGGCUGAGGCUGCUCAGGAGCCUCAGGGCCUGGCUGUCCUGGGCAUCCUGAUUGAGGUGGGCGAGAGUGAGAAUCCAGCUUAUGACCACAUUCUGAGUCACCUGCAUGAAAUAAGAUAUAAAGAUCAGAAGACCUCAGUGGCCCCCUUCAAUGUGAGAGAGCUGCUCCCUGGGCAGCUGGAGCAGUUCUUCCGCUACAACGGCUCGCUCACGACUCCCCCCUGCUACCAGAGUGUACUCUGGACAGUCUUCAGCAGAAGGGCCCAGAUUUCAGCGGGGCAGUUGGAGAAGCUCCAGGGGACAUUGCUCUCUACAGAAGAGGAGCCAUCUGAGGCUCUUGCACAGAACUACAGAGUCCCCCAGCCUCUCAACCAGAGGACCAUCUUUGUUUCCUUCAUUCAAGUGGGAUCACUGUCCACCACAGGAGAGAUGCUGGGUCUUGGUGUGGGAAUCUUGGCUGGAUGUCUCUGCCUUCUGCUGGCUGCUUAUUUCAUUGCUCGAAAAAUUAGGAAGAAGAGGCUGGGAAACAGGAAAAGUGUGGUCUUCACCUCAGCACGGGCUACCACGGAGGCAUAAACUCUGUCUCAAGAUGCUCAAGAUGCCUUCCCUUCGUACCUGUCAGGGAGCCCCUGUUAAGGGGGUGCAGGGACUGGACCACCAGUAGUGGGCAGACACCCGUCUUUGUAGAUGCUGCCUCCCCCCACACACACACACAUCACGGAAGCGAGACCCCCAUUCUUCAGGGAAGAGCGGAGCCUUUGGCCUUUCCAAGCUGCAGAGCAGGAGACCCUGUCGUAGCAUUUGCUUAGAAAGAUGCUCAGGAUAUGCUGACAUUCCUCAUUCGGCACAUCACACUCCCUCCCCUACACACACUUGGUAAUUUUCUUCCUCUAGGAAAGAGGGCUGCUGCUGAGAUUUUCAUUAUUUUUUGCUCAAUAUAUGUUUGAAAUUAAAGUUUUUGACCUUAA